AUGUAUCUCCCAGAGGAACGGCCUGUGCUGGAUUUACCUUACAAAAUUAAUCAUUUGGCUAAUAACUAUGAAUAUUAUCCACAAGACUGUAAGGAGCUCACUUGCUGGACUCAACAUGGCCUCAAUGGCAGGAUGAACAGUCCUGAAGCUGAAUUGACCUCACUGCCAGUUCAUGUAUCUCUGCAAGACCGAGAGCUUUGGGACAAAUUCAGCAGCAUUGGCACAGAGAUGCUGAUUACUAAAUCUGGCAGGCGGAUGUUUCCCAGCUGCAAAGUAACAGUGACAGGACUGAAUCCAAAAAUCAAGUAUGUGGUGAUAAUGGACAUGGUGCCGUUUGAUAACCACAAGUACAAGUGGAAUAAGGAUCUUUGGGAAAUGAAUGGUUCAACUGAUCCACACUUGCCCAAUCGGUUCUUCAUCCAUCCAGACUCUCCUGCACCUGGAGAGAAAUGGAUGCAGUAUCCAAUCUCCUUUCACAAGCUCAAACUGACCAACAACACCCUCAACUCUAAUGGCCUGGUGGUUCUCCACUCCAUGCACAAAUACCAGCCCCGUCUACACAUAGUCCAAUCUCCAGACCCCUGUUACCCUCAGAACCCUGGCAGUUACCUGCGCUUCACCUUCCCUGAAGCUGCUUUUAUAGCUGUCACAGCCUACCAGAACCAGGAGAUCACAAAACUCAAGAUUGACAACAACCCCUUUGCCAAAGGCUUUCGUGACAAUGGGCUGAACAGGAAAAGGUUUAGAGACAAAGAAAGCCAAGAGACCAAGGAUUCAGAUGGACAGGCCAAACAGGAUUUGACACCAAAUGAGCAUGUGGGACAGUCGCAGAAAGAUGAGGAUGUAGAUGUGAUCGUGUCCAGCUCCGUUGACUGCAGAAGAACACUGAAUUCUUCAGAAGAGGCUUCCUCUGUCACUCCCAACCCUUUCAUAUCAGCCUUCAUCAACGCUAGCACUGCUGGAGGACCUUCACCCCAUCAGACACACACCAUUCUCAGCCUCAAUAAAAGACACCUGAACAGUUCUGCGGAAAAAUACUCAUUCUUGCUCUAG